AGGGAGUCGGUAUCUAUGCUGAACAUUUCGCUGAGUUGCAUUUCGUUGUUUGCUCCUCAGACAGAGAAGCUACGGGGCUUCGCUCGAGGGCUCGAUCCAGAAAGAAUUAUCGGCGCCACAGAUUCCACGGGAGAACUCAUGUUUCUCAUGAAAUGGAAAAACUCUGACGAAGCCGACCUGGUGCCCGCCAAGGAGGCCAACGUGAAGUGUCCGCAGGUGGUCAUCUCCUUCUACGAGGAGAGACUCACUUGGCACUCGUAUCCGACCGAAGACGAGAAAAAAGAAGACAAGAACUAACACGGAGCGACGGGGCGGGGAGACGGAAAGAAACUGUAGUUUUGAACUUGGAAAGAGGGUUUGGGGACGGGACGGGGCGGGAGGAGACAAGCAAGACACCAUUGAAUUCAUUCGUCUUUUUGGUGUAGUAUCACGCGUUCGGUUCUACUUUUAUCCGGAUAUAAUGUAAUUGUAAAUAUGCUUCAGAUUUGCUUGACAAAACCCAAACGAAACGAACAACGCAGUGUUUAAUUCUCAGAACCCAGUCCGGUUUCGAAGAAAGCUCUUCGACUCCUUCAGUAUCGUUUUUAAUCACACGAUAUUUGGUCCAGUGCUCGGUCAUCUUGCUAUGACAUUGUAUCAGUGA